GAUGAGUUUAGGAACACGUCAUCUCGACAUUUCACAGUAUGGUGGUGAUACCUUGCGUCGGCGGCGUGAACGAAAUGAAAUUUGACAGCCGCAUGGACGCGAAAACGUCAAAACAGAGACAUAAAAGAGAUCCAAAGAGCCAUAAAAAUAUGACUAAUGCGAAGAAUGAAUGAGAUACAACCAGAGGUAAUGCAUCAAAAGCAUUUGAAUAAGUUGAAGGUAUUUAAUCUAUGAACAAAAAAUAACGAAUCGGGAUCGGGCAACAUUUUUCGGUUUACCAAACGGCGGAGAGAUGUUUAUAGUCACGAAGGAGAUCGACAGUGAGAACAUCAGUAAAUUGUGCCGCACGUGCUUGAGAGAAGACGGCGACAAAAUGGUAUGCCUGUUCGUAGGACCGGCUGGUUCCUCACUCGCCGCUAAAUUACGAUCGCUCUCUUGUUUGGAGGUCUGGCAGGGAGAUGGCUUGCCAGAAAAGAUGUGUGAUCGUUGUGUCACUAGAGCGGAGUCGGCCCUUUUAUACCGAGAGCAAUGUCGUGCUGCGGACAGAGCUUUGAGGCAAGCGGCGUUGAAGGUAUCUCGAUUGACUUCAUACACCACCGUUUCUGGCUGCAAACUCUAUCAAAAUCAACAGAAUCAAGGAUUCGUGCCGGUACAAAAUUCUCAUAAAACAUUAAAAUGCGUGGAAUGUGGUGCGGUAUUUAUGAAUUACCAGGAACUCUGCGCUCAUAAUCGAUUGCAUUUACCCUUUAUUCAGGAUAACAUACCUAUGCAGCAUAUGCACAUUGUGGAGUCUCAGAAUCCAUAUCUUAACUUUACUCAUGUUAGCUCAAACUUUGUAAAUGAUAAUAUUUCAAAUACGCAAUUAUCUCCGUUAGUCAGGCCAAAUAUGAUGCAUACUGUGUCACCGAAUGAAGAGAGUUCGAGUCGAGCUGCCUGUGCCUUGCAUUGUUCCUUGUGCAAUCACACUUUUACCAAUAGAAGGCAAUUAAUAAAUCACAAUAUAACGCACACGGAAAGCGUUGAUAUGUCAUGCGAUAAUGAAAACAUAGAGAUUUGUGAAAAUUCUAAUCAUAUUCCACAAAACUUGAGCUAUGAAAGAUCAAUUCAUUCCGUUGAUAAUCCUAUUCAGAACUUAUCAUAUCAGAGGUCCACUGUGGACGACACUGAUGGGAUGCAGAAUAUAAACUUCCCGGAGAAUAUUGAUCUCGAUAGCGUCCAGGAAAGCAGUUCGGAACGCAUGCCAAAUGUAACGAUACAUUCCGAAAACGAUGUGUCUAUUGCCGAAAACUUGAGAUUUAUGAAAUCACCUGGAAAGGACAGGCAGCUCGCGAUUGAAUAUCACGGAUGUUCAAAUGAUGUCAAUUAUAAGCAGUCUCUCGACAUAAAAGCCACAGAAGGUAUCCACGAUAAGAAACAUCAGUGUGAGGUAUGCUCGAAACAAUUCUCACAAAAGUCCAAGCUAUUUGCUCAUCAAUUGUCUCACUCUGGUCAGCAGCCGUUUAAGUGUCCAACAUGUGGCAAAGGUUACGCAUCGAAAAGUAAGCUUAGCGCACACAUGAGAUUACACACCAAAACCAACGUACAUCAAUGUAAAGUGUGCGAUAAAAUAUUUUCCUAUCCAUCAUACUUAGAGGAGCAUAUAAAAAUUCAUAAUAAAAGUGAUAAUACUCUGCAAAGCAAGGACUACGAGUGUGCUACGUGCAAUAAACGUUUUCGUCUUUUAAAAAAUUUGAAAGCUCACGAAAGACUGCAUACCGGAAGGGGUUUGGUGCAAUGUGAGAUUUGUGAUAAAAAGUUUAGCCAUAAUUAUAAUUUAAAAAUGCAUUUGCGCACGCACAAGACAUCGAGGGUACACAAGUGCGAAUAUUGCGACAAGCGCUUCGUGCAGAAGGGCAAUCUGGUCGAGCAUUUGCGAAUACAUACUAAGGUGAAGCCUUUUGCGUGUAAACUAUGCGGCAAGAGAUUCGCGCAAUCGAGUCAUCUUAAAAGUCAUGAAGCUUCGCACGGCACGUUGAGGCAGCACCAAUGUCGAUUAUGUGGAAAAAGAUUUAAGCUGGCCAAUCAUUUGAAACGGCAUUUAAAUUUACAUACCGGUUCAAAGACUUAUAAGUGCAAUCAGUGUAAUCAAAUGUUUUCACAGUCUUUUAGUUUGACGAGACAUUUAAAGAAGCACAACGAAUCACAUAUAUAAUUUAUAUACAAUAAAUUUUUAUGUAUAUACAAAUAUAUAAACACGAAUGGCCGUUGCAAAUACAUCUUUCAUAAUAAUAAG